AUGCGGACACACUACAAAGUGUGGCUGGACUACAGCAACAAGAAAUCAUCAGUCACCCUCAGUGUGGAUGCAACACAAAGGAUACCUGCCCUGCUUACAUCUCAAGUUGGAUGUCCUCCUGAAAUCCCAACAGCUCUCCCUCAACUCCUCUCUGAAACCGUCUCCGCACCCCGAAACCCUCCAGAACCCACUGAAAAUCCUUGGCAGCUCCAACGGCUGCUCACUGACCACCGACUCGCACAAUCAGCCCUUCAGUAUAGUUACGGAGACCGUCGUGAGGAGCCAAGAGCAACUGCACCGAGAGAUUUGUCAGCACAGCAAGCAGCAGAGGUCAGUCGCGCUGGGAAGUGCCCUGCCACAGACGAGUGUGAUGGCGACCCACUGAAGAAGAAGAACAAAGCGCGGACAUGCACCUACUGCAAGAGUAUUGAGUGCAAGGGUAAAUGGGGCAUGAAGUACUGUCUUGUGAAGGAACAAGUUGAUCAGAGAUGUGCUGCAACAUCAUUGCCAGAGGCUGUACCUAGUGGUUCAAAUGUCACGCUAGAUGCAGCGUAUUUUAUUUAA